AUGGCCCCGAAAACCCAACCCAACCCGCAGAAAGCGGCCUCCAUUCUUGCCUGGUUUCACAAAACGGCACAGGCCCACAGCAUCAAAGAUCUCGAGAAGACACUGCCGCAAGUUUCCUCUAUCAACGGCAUGCAAGUUAAGGACUACCUCCAAGCACUCUCAGAUGACAAUAAAAUCCGUGUUGAGAAGAUUGGUAGCGGUAACUGGUACUGGAGCUUUCCAGCCGAUGAGAAGAAAGCCAAAGAAACAGCUCUCAAGAAAGCCCAAGAGGAGUUCGACAAGGCCAACGCUGCAGUAAACGAGCUUCAGGCGAGGGUGGACGAUGCAGGUGCGGCUCGCGCCGAGGAUGAGGAUAUGCUCAUGGAGACAGGUGGUGAUCGGAAGACACUGAUUUCGAAGCAUGCCGAACUCACAAAGGACCUCGAGAAACUCAGGAUCGAGCUAUCUGCGUACAGCGAUCAAGAUCCUGUCGAGUUGGAGAAGAAGGCUACCGAAACUGAACGUGCUCAUCUUGACGCAGAGAAGUUUACUGAUCAAAUUCUCGUCAUGCAAGGCUGGAUCAAUCAACAGUACUUUGGUGGUAGUGGAGGGCCGGAAUUCAAGGAGAUGCUGAAGUCAUUCUACUACGACGAGUACGACGAGGAGGAGGGAGGCCUACGUGAGCUGUGA